AUGAAACCAGAAAUUUGGGAGCUAACUCACAGGCUAUGGGGGAUCGAAAUUAGCAUUUAUGACAUGUGCAUCAUUGCAUUCAACUUACUCAUGGUAAUUUUUGCAGCUUUGUGUUUUGCAAUUGCAUGUUGUGAGAAGAAAGAGAGUAUGCAAGGCAAUUAUCAAACAAAUGGAUAUGCUAAUAUUGGAGAUACUGGAAACUUGAAAGCGUUCAAAAUAGGUGGACAAGCUGGGCCAACAAAAAGAAAGAGCACGUUUAGGAUACCUUCAAAUAAAAACAUUAAAGAAGAUAUAUCCUGUAGUGUUUGUGGAAUUGGACUGGUAUUUAGUAGCCAGAUUGGAUAG